GGUUGUAACUGGUCUUGUCUCGCGCUUUGAGCAGUGUUUGUGCUUUACCUCCCGAACAAGUGACAGCUUUACAAGAGGAGGGUGGAGAACUUUUUUUUUUUCUUCUCCCCCAAGCUUCGCCUUAUUCCCUUCAUUAUGGAGGCUCGAGCACAUUUCUACCGGGAGGAGAUCAACAGCACGGUGUGGGAGGUCCCGGAGAAAUACACACGGCUUAAACAGAUAGGGACCGGGGCGUACGGCUCGGUGUGCUCCGCAAUAAAUGAGAAGACUAAAGAAAAAGUGGCCAUCAAGAAGCUGCACAGGCCCUUCCAGUCAGAGAUCUUCGCCAAGAGGGCCUACAGAGAGCUCCGUCUGCUCAAACACAUGAAGCAUGAAAACGUGAUAGGACUACUCGAUGUGUUUUCAUCUGCCUUGAGCCUCGACGAGAUCCAGGACUUUUACUUGGUCAUGCCUUACAUGUUCACUGACCUGUCGAAGGUGCGAGGUCAUCUCACAGAAGACAAAGUCCAGUUUCUCGUCUACCAGAUGCUCUGUGGACUCAGGUACAUUCACAAGGCUGGAAUCAUCCACAGGGAUCUAAAGCCCGGAAACUUGGCUGUAAACCAGGACUGUGAACUGAAGAUCCUGGACUUCGGGCUGGCUCGCAGUACUGACGCUGAGAUGACGGGCUACGUGGUGACCCGUUGGUACCGGGCACCUGAGGUCAUUCUGAACUGGAUGCACUACACCCAGACUGUGGACAUCUGGUCUGUGGGCUGUAUCAUGGCAGAAAUGAUCAACGGCAAAACCCUUUUCAAAGGGAGAGAUUACAUGGACCAGCUGACUCAGAUCAUGAAAGUGACUGGAGUACCUGGAGCAGAGUUCAUACAGAAGCUGGACAGCCAAGAGGCCAAAAAUUAUAUUAAGGCCCUUCCUCGCUAUCCCAGAAAAGACUUCUCAACGUUGUUCCCCAGAGCCAGUGCAAAGGGUAUCGACCUGCUGGAGAAGAUGCUGGUUCUAGACGGAGACGAGAGACCCACAGCAGAACUGGCUCUGGAGCACCCGUAUUUCGACAGACUAAGGGACCCGGACGACUUACCUGAGCCUGAACCAUACGAUGACAGCCAUGACAACGCCACAUUGACCCUGGAUGAGUGGAAGGAGUUAUGCUUUCGAGAGGUGAGAAGCUUUGUGCCGUUCCCACGGCGGGACUCUAAGAGGAAAAACUCCCUGACUAUGUGUCCGUGACCCGAUGUAUGACCACUGAUGACCCGACCCCCACAGCAUAUUGCCAAUGGUGCCCUUGUAUAUUCCAACCAUGGAUUCACUAUGUUUGUUGUAUCUUGGAUAGUGAAGAAUGUUUACGACAAAACUUUUUUUAGUGCAAUUGUUCCAUAAGUGUGGAUUGCUCUUCAUGUUACACUUUCCCUAUCAAUAUAUUGUGUCACGGAAUUUACUGUACCAUUUACUGUAAUGUGUUUUUUCAAUUAAACAAUAAGACAAGAUGUGUACAAAGUUCUGUUUUUGCAGCAAAUAGCAAAUGUUGCUGCCCAAGAAAAGACUGGCCUAACUCAAGUCAAAUAGAAUCUCUUGUGAGGAAAACCAUUGCAGUCUUGAGGUGAACAUGUAAUCUUUAUGUCAUCAAAUUAAAUUAGGAUUUGCCAGUGAAUGCCCUGAAAACCCCUGAACAACAAAUAACAAAAGAUUAGCAUUUACUGUGUGAAUGUCCCAUCUGUAUCCAGUGUCCGCUGCCAUAUGUGACCGUGACGCUAAAAGCAACUAGUUGAUUUAUUCAUGUCCCGAAUGUAGCAGCCUUUGAAAAUGUACUUUACUGGGCAUGUACAUUUGGAGGCUGCUGUAAGGUGUUUCUGUUUUUAAUUCAUUGUGCCAUCUAAUUGCACUUGAGCAGGUGAGGGUGUGCAUGUGUGUAAAUUGAAAGAAUAAACAAUUUUCAUGAGC